AUGACUCGUCUUUCAUUUCUAGCAGGAUCUGCUGCACUUCUCGCGUUUUCUGGUGUCAACGCUGGACCGUGCCGUCCUUCAUCAUCCGUCGUCACAACAAGUCUCGAGCCGACUGCCACCCCAACAGAGAUCAGCGAAUCAACAAAGACACUUGAAUCAACAUCUUCGUUGGAGAACGACGUCACCGAGACUGUUUCUGUUACACUCUCUACUACUGAGACCACAAGCGCCGCUGCGGAGACUACAGAGACCACCAACAUCACUGCCGAUCCUACUACUACCACUGCCGCCGAGACUUCAACAGCUGCCAUCAGCACCACCAGUGCAGCCCCAGUUCCUCAGAAUGACGGCAGCUGCAGUGGUCUUCCCAAAUCAUAUACAGCGCCCGAUGGCGUCGUCUUUCAAACUCGGUGCAACAGCAAUGCUGGCUCAUACGUGCCACUUGACACUUUAGCUGCCACGAGUUUCGAGAAUUGCAUAAUCAAGUGUACAGAGUACUCUAUAUGCUAUGGUGUAGAGUACAUCAGGCCAACCAAGACAUGCAUAGUUUUCUUCAUAAAUGGUGCUUUCGGGAAUAGCAAUGACCGCGAUGUUGCAUUACGAUUCUAG